UCUCGGAUUUUGGUUUAGUUGGGCCCAAAAUGACGGCAAGGGCCGUCCUAGCUUUUGGGUUACUUCUCACCCUGUAUAUUGGAUGUGGGAGUGGGACUAAGGAGGAGGAAACAGUUGAAAUAUGGGCGAGGAAACUUGGAGACGAGCUUUGGCAGCUUGGCACUCACGUUUCCAAGUUUGACAGCAUCAUAUCGAGCUACUCCACAUUGAAUGCCAGAGUCCUGCCUACAAAUGGAGAAGCAAUUCUCAGUUCCAUAGUUGAUAAUGUUAGCAAACUGUUGAAGAAAAAGAUGGAUGCAGUGAUGUGCAUCAUCGAGGCUGCCGAGGCUUUAGCGGAAGAAGCGGAGACUAACGUUACAGAACCCGUUAACUACAACAGUGCCAAGUGCUCUACGUUCAUUGAUCUGGAGACGGGAAAUGAGACAGGGACGGAGCUCGUAAGCUGUGAGCGGGAAGACAAUGACGAGCGGCCGUCAGAUCUUUACAACAACAUCACUGUCACUCCAGAUCUGCACUUCUUCGGGAUUCCAAUCAGUACUAACACCAGCUCUGUACAUAUGCCGACUGAUAUUUACGACUACGCAAUGCCAGUACAAGCUGCCCUGAAGUGGUCUGAAGGUUUGGACGAAUCGUUUAAGCAGAACUACGAGAGUGAUCCCUCCCUGAAGUGGCAGUACUUCGGCAGUAGCACCGGCUUUCUCAGGAUGUACCCAGCGCUCCAAUGGAAGAAGGAGAACGAUGUUUACGACUGCCGACAAUCUCCUUGGUUCAUAGAGGCUUCCACUUGCUCCAAAGAUGUUGUCAUUCUCUUAGACAGGUCAGGAUCAAUGAAGGGGAUGAGUGACUCUAUAGCUAAACUGGCCGUCACACAGAUCCUGUCAACCUUCAGUAAUAAUGACUUCAUCAACAUCAUCGGCUUCAACACCUCGCUGCUGGACAUGGUUCCUUGCUUCAAAAAAGAUAUGCUUGUUCAGGCUACAGAAGAGAACAUAAGGACUUUUAGAGACUAUGUUCUUGAGAGUCAGCCGACAGGGAAAGCCAAUUUUACUACUGCUUUUACCGGAGCUUUCACAUUACUUCAGAAGUACCGAGAAACAAAAACCUGUCCGGACAAGACAUGUAACCAGGCGAUCAUGCUGAUAACGGACAGCGUAGCCGGAAACUUAACCGAGGUGUUCGAGACUUACAACUGGUUCCAGAACAGAACGCAGAUUCCAGUCAGAGUGUUCACUUAUCUGAUCGGAAAAGAGGUCACGAAAGUGAGGGAGAUUCAAUGGAUGGCGUGUCUAAAUCGAGGUUACUACGUUCACAUAGAAGCUCACAGUGAAGUACGAGACCAAAUCCUCAAGUACAUUCCAGUCAUCGCCAGACCUUUAGUCCUGCAAGCUGUUGAUCACCCCUUGUCUUGGACACAUUCUUUCAUCGACUUCAAGGAUCCCAAAGUAGAGCGAUGGCUGAUAGAUUCGAUGGCGUUCGCAGAACAGGAAGAACGCCUAUCUAAGCACACGGCAACUCAGAACAACUACUUUUCCCAGAGUAAACAAGACAAUUUGUAUAUUCUGAGAUUUAAGAAGGGAGCUGAAGAUGGUGGGCUAGAGGUAACAUUCUGUGAAGGGAUGCAGAAAAUAUACGAAGAAGAAGAAUUCAACCUUACGCCAAAACUGCAAGAGUACCAUUUGAUGACAUCCGUGUCGGGGCCCGCUUUUGACCAUAAAGUAAACCGUGGAAAUGAGUCUCGGGAAGCACAGCUCUUAGGGGUGGCUGGGACUGAUGUCCCCAUCAAGGACAUCGAGAAACUAACCUUACCUUACAAGAUUGGAGCCAAUGGUUAUGCAUUUAUGAUAACGAACAACGGCUACAUGAUGAUGCACCCAGACUUCAGACCUGUGUCGCAAGGCAAGUUGAGGGCAAACUACGGCAGUGUGGACUUGACAGAGGUUGAACUGAUGGACGACGAUGAGAUUACUCCGAGACAACCUCACGAGAAGAUAUUACAGCUGCGAGAGGCCAUGAUCAACAAGACAGGGGGUCAAGUUAGCAAUAUUCCUCAUCUCAAUAUGAAAUUCCAUUACGAUGACAUGAAACGAGUCGGAGCUGAGAGUCGGAACUACUACUUUGCUGGUAUCGAGGGGACUCCGUUCACCAUGGGCCUGGCACUGCCAGAGGGCUACGGGAACUACUGGAUCAAGGCAGGAAACAUCAUAAAACGCUCAAAACUGGAAGGUGUUCCUCUCACUAGCUACUUCACCGGUAACUGGAAGGUUCAUCCAGACUGGGUGUACUGUGACCAUUUCAUUGCUCGAAAAGACAUGACUCAUGAAGAGAAACUGGUUUACUUUCUGAAGAAAAUUCAGAAUGAAAAACUUGGUACUCAAAACGGAUGGAAGACGAAGGUUCAAUUCCCACCAGAGCCCGCUUAUAAAGACGGAGAUCUUAAUUAUACAUGCAACACUAACAAAGUGAAAGAGGACGAAUAUUUCUGUGACGUGGAGUUGAUGCAACUUCUGGUGUUUGAUGCUAAAAGCACCGACUCAUCUUAUAAAGAUGUGGUGUGGACUCCCGACAACAAUAUUGAGAGGGAUUUGGUAAAGAAGUACGGAGUAUCAGUGAGAUUUGUAGCAACCCAGAGCGGACUUACGAGAUGGCAACACAUAACGGAACUUGCGGACGGAGAGCUAGAGUUUGGCGAGACGAACAACAAGGCAGUGGGAGAACCUUGGUACCGAGCAGCUGUUUUGCAACACUACAUCAACGAUGAAGACUUUGUGUUCUCAGUGCCUUUUGAUUCAGGCAACGUAGACAACCUCACUGUGACUGCUAGUUACGCCAUCUUCCGCCGAGAUGGAGGCAAUGAAGCGCCCGGAUCUGUGGUGGGCUUCCACCUCAGCCAUUCUGCGUUGUUUGACCGCUUCAGAGAUGUUACGGCAAAGACCAAUUGUAAAGACUGCCUAGACCCGUGCACCUCUGACACGACUGAUUGUUACGUCAUUGACGGCAACGGCUACAUUCUGGUGUCGGAGAACCGACAGGAGACAGGAACGUUCUUUGGCCGGAAGGAGGGAGCGAUCAUGGAGGAUAUGAUCUUGAAGAAGAUCUUCCGGAAGAUUCCGAUGUUUGACUAUCAAGCUAUCUGCUUUCAAGUCACACACUUGAACAAUGCAGCUGACAUUCUGUGGACGCCUAUUCGCUACUUCCAAUGGGUGAUGCAUUGGUUUCUAUCACACAUUGCUUGGCUCAUUGUGGAAGCAAACUGGAAUGAAGUUUUAGCGGCAAAAUUCACUCAUGAGGUGGCAGACAUUGAUGAUGACUACUAUGAUAUGGAAGCAGAUAACAUCACCACAACGCCGAUGCCGACCAUAGACAUCAGAACAGUGAAGGCUACGAAGGCUUGCAAGUCUUGCGACAAGUUCGGAUAUCUCUAUCUUCUACAGAGCACCGAGAAACAGGCCAAAUACAGAUCUUCACACGAGGAUCCUUGCCACAGGCCAUACUUUGUUAGACGGAUCCCUCACACGAAUCUUCUGCUGAUAGUUGUGAAGGCUUUGUACGCUACAUGUUCCAAAGAUGAGACGACAGAGUUUUCCGAACUUCAUUACGAGGACGAGCCAGAACCUCAGAUACCAAGCUGUGUCAAGAUGUAUCUCAACGAUCUUCCUCGAAGGAGGCUUUCGGGAUGUUACAACCAGCAUCCUCAGGAACUGGAGAUUGAUAGAUGUGGAAGAGGCUCAGCCCUGACUACAAGUUUGCUCUCGUUACUUCCGUCUCUGUGGAUAAUCGUCAAAUACUGCUUAUAACAUUGUCCUUUCCUGUGUACAACUCUCUCUCAACCUAGACGAGGAAGGACAAUCAUCUUCUACUUGAUUCAUCCACUGACAGAUACGUGAGAUGAAUAGUUCUUCUACAAUAUUGUGAUCUCUUAACUGCAUAGAAUCAUUGAGCAUACUGUAGUAGACAUGCCACCAUUUCCACCUACAUGGACUAGACACAGCAAAUAGAACAGUCGAAUGAGCCAGAGUGUACUUAAUUGCAAUUCUAUUUUCUACACUAGUUUUUGAUUUGUUGAAUUUGAGUUUGAUUCGCAUAUCAUAUGUGGUUAAACAAUAACCUACUUUCAGUUGGAUUUGGAUAAAAAAAUAUGGCUUCCAAGAAAAUAGCAUUUGAUAAUGUAAUAUAGGUGACUCAAUUCAACUGCCAUUCUCACUUAAAAGCUAGCCAAAAAAAUGGGAAUGGGA